AUGUACGCCGCCGCAUCGCUUUUGGCCUUGGCCACAACGGUUUCGGCCGCCGUUAAGGGCUUCAACUACGGCUCUACACUCACAGAUGGUUCGGCCAAGCAGCAGUCCAACUUUGAGAGCGAGUUUAAGACUGCCCAAGGGUUGGUUGGUGCCUCUGGCUUUACUAGUGCCCGACUUUACACAACGGUGCAAGGUGGCUCAGCAAACGACCCGAUCUCAGCUAUACCCGCUGCUAUUAGCACCAAGACCUCUCUCUUACUCGGCUUGUGGGCCUCUGGUGGGGACAUAGCUUUCAGCAACGAAGUUACUGCUCUUAGUCGUGCCAUCAAACAGUACGGCGAUGCGUUUACUAGCAUCGUAGAUGGUAUCUCAAUCGGCAGUGAGGACCUCUACCGCAACAGUCCGACCGGAAUUGCCGCUGGCUCAUAUGUUGGCGCCGAGCCCGCCACAAUCGUCAAGUACAUCAACCAAGUUCGUGAUGCCAUCAAGGGUACAAGCCUCUCUGGUGCUCAGAUCGGGCACGUCGAUACCUGGACUGCAUGGGUAAACGGCUCCAACAGCGAUGUGACCAACGCAUGUGACUGGAUUGGUGUCGAUGCUUACCCCUACUUCCAGGACACCAUGGUCAACGACAUCGCCGCUGGGGCUUCACUAUUCGAUUCGGCUCUUGGCCAAACGCAGAACGCCGUGGGGGGCAAGCCUGUUUGGGUUACUGAGACCGGAUGGCCCAUUAGUGGCAAGCUCUCUGGCAACGCUCAACCAUCUACUGAAAAUGCCAAAACGUACUGGGAUGAUGUUGGCUGCAACAAGCUCUUUGGCAAGGUCAACACCUGGUGGUACACCCUUCAAGACGCCGCUCCUACCACACCUAACCCGUCUUUUGGCGUUGUUGGCUCUAGCCUAAGUACCACUCCUCUGUACGACCUUAGCUGCAGCGAUGUCUCGUCUUCGUCUACUUCCUCCGUAUCGCAUUCUUCCACAGUCGCCAGCACUCUUUCCACUGCUGCCAGCUCAGUGGCCGGCCAGGCAACUAGCUCGGCCGACACGGAAGGCUCCCCUGGUGCUGGUGGUGUCCAGAGUUCACAGAUCUCCCUCGAGGCUUCCGCUACUGGAAGCGCUACCCUCUCUUCCGGACCUUCGGCAUCUGCAACUUCCACUUCUGGUUCAGAAUCUGGUUCCGGCUCUGGCUCCGGCUCUGGCUCUGGCUCCGGCUCUGGCUCUGGUUCCGGCUCUGGUUCAGGUGCUGGUGGAUCUACUUCUGGAACUGGAAGUGGUGCUGGAAUUGGCAGCGGUUCUAACAGCACUACAACUGGUGCAUCGCCUAGCAGUACUGGGUCUAGCGUUCCAGUCAGUUCUGCUACUGGUCUCCGAUCAACUGGUGCUGCUUUCCUGGCUAUUUUGAUUGCCAUCAUGUCGAUCUAG